UAUUUUUUUUAUUGUUGUUUCCUUACAGUUUCAUGAAAUUUAAGCUCUUUUAUACCAGAAAAUGUGAAAUUAAGUAUACGUUACAUUCUAGCAUUACACGGUGAACUAGAAAUUUAUAAAAUCAUUUUACAGUGGACCAAGUGUACGGUUUAGGACCAGGCAGUGAGUCACUCUUGGCGGGCUCCCUUGAAGAGUCACCUACUGUAUGUUACUACGGGGAUAGGUUUAUGGUUUAAUAAAUAAGCUAACGUACAGUUUAUUUGGAUGGGGUACUGGUCAGUUCAUAAUAAGAAUCAUCUGUAAAAACAAAAUGGGAACUGCACAUUUUACGAAGUUUUGGUCCUCUAUCAUUAAUGACAGCGGUAUGCAGGAUCAGUUAAAGUCUGUAAUGUCCAUAGAAGAUGAAGAAGAACGGGCACUGCAGCUGUUGACUCGAACUCUUUUCAUUUUAGUAAUGGAAAUCAAGCAUGAACGUGAUGAAGCUAAUAAGAAUCUGAACCAGUUGAUGGAAAAUAUUAGGACAUGCAAGUCGUGUGGAAUGAUGACAAAAUUUGAUGCACACUGCGAGACUAGAAAAAAUGCUGAUAUGAAUUGUAAUGGGCUAAAACAUCAAAAAGAGGUACCUAAUUUAAGUUUUCCAGAGAAUUGUAUGGAAAUGGAAACAAGUAAAAAACUGAUACUGGUAGAGGGAGAUGAUAUUGCCAGUGAAGAAGGCCAUAUUGCUCCACAGUUGAAAGACCCAAUGGGAUUGAAUUAUUCCAAAAUAAAAAAUAUAAAAUAUCGAUGUUUAUCCAGAUACCCAAAAGGAAACAGUCCAAACAUUGGCCAAGAGGAUGAAGAAAAUGAAGAAAGUAUAAUAAAAUCCGAGACUGAAGAGCAAAAUAUCCCUAAAAUUCUUGCUCCUGAAACAUUGUCUCUGGAUGAAAAUGAGUUUCAUGUAAGUUCAUCACAGAAAAGAACUUUUGAAACAAAUAUUGUGAGUGUCCCAGAGACUCUUGCUAUUGAGAAUACAAGAUCCAUCGAUAAUGAAUGUGAGGUGGUAUCUAAUGAGAAAAGUAAUCCAGUUCUUGAUUCACGUGUUGGUAUUGAAGGAGAAUUGAGAAGUCCUUCAAGAAAUCAUACAGGAAUGGCUGACUCCUUGAACCAACGAAGUCCUGUGUUAGGGAAGAAAACUCGACAAGCAACCUCCAAAUCAUUGAAGCAAAGCAUUAGAAUGGAUUUUCCAAAAGCACUGGACUUUGAAGAGUUUAAUAAAGAGUCACAUAAACCAGUGGAAAUCAACACCCCAGAAUCCAAAGUUACAAAAGUCACUUCCACGCCAAAGUUCUCUCCCCGAGUAUUCACCCACAGCUUAUCAACCUCGUUUAAUGAUUCUGACAAUACUUCACCUUCACUUUUGCCACCUGUUAAGACUAAAGCCAUUAGAUGCAAUACUAAAGAAAAUUAUUUUCCAUCUUUACCAGCAGCUCUGAAUAAGAUUGAAAAUCAAGGUCAAUCUACCUCAAAAGGAAGAAAAGAAUUUCAGAAGUCCAUAUCAAGUUAUAAUAUGCCUCUCCCAUCAAUAAAACCUUUCAGUUUAAGGAGACACCAAAGUGUAGACAAGCAGAGUAAGAGGUCUUCUUACAAGAUGAGUAUAGACCCACCUGAAGUACAGAAGAAUUAUAAACAAACAAAAAUAUCUGAAAGUAUCUUCCAAAAGAAGACAGAUGUAGCACUAUUUACAGGUGGUGUAGCAAGGAAAGGGCUCACCUUCCUUGAUGAUGAAAAGGCUGCUGUUAGUGCAGCACUGGAGGAGUCACUCAAGACCAAGGCUAUAUAUGAUAUGAUGCGUAAAAAGCAAAAAGGAUUACUGAAUGCUGAAUCCACAUGUGAUAUUAAAAAAAUGAAAGGAGCUCAUACUUUGAUUGAUGGUGUAGAUGGUCAGCCUUCCAGGCUGAAGCUCUGCUUGUCGGAUUCUUCCUCUGUAUUCAUAUCUACCAAUGGUGAGUUAGCUUUCAGUGUUAAUAAUUAUGAGGAAGUAUUCACUCAUUUCGGCCAUUAUUACUCCACAUCUUGCUGCCACCAGCGAGAUAAAGGAAGUGUAGAGAAGUUUGUGCUGGUAAAGUGUAUUAAUAUACAUAAAGUAUUACAAUUUACCAUGUAUGGAGUAUUUGUAUUCAAUAUUCACAUCUGAAUGCUUUAUAAUACCAUUUUUUAAGUAUUGUACAGUACUGUAGUCUUAUUUGUAUAUUCAAAUUCUUGAGAUGGAAAUUUUAAAGUUAAGUAUACUACUGUGCAAUAUUUCUACUCAUUCACUGAAUACAAGUACUAUAGUACAGUGCUUUCAUCAAUGCUUAUUACCAUAGUAACGAAAAUACCCUCUUUGUGAUGAUUUUUUCUUCUAAAAUUACAUCAUAUUUGUGUAAUGUGAUCAGAAAUAUUUGAAAUUUAAUGAAAAAAAGAGAAUUUAGUUCAAAAUACUGUAAAGUAAAUACUGUAAAAUACAUUUUUAACUUGCUGGCCACACAUUGAAAAUACGGUAUACAUAGGUAAAAUUAAAAUGUGAAAAAAAGGGGUUAAUGUCAAUAAUACCAAUUUAGACUCAAGCCCGUGAAUCCUGGGUUACAAGGGCCAAGGUCUAAAUUGGCAUUUUUUGACAUUGGCCCUUCUUGCACUCAGCCAGAGAAUUUAUCUUUCUAAUGAAUUAAGUUUUUAUAAGUUUCUUUUUUUUCUCUCCUAGGACUGAUUAAGUUUUUGAACUCUUUGAUUUUUGCAAUUUUUCUUUACCCACCCUCUGCUUUGCCUCUUCCUGGAAUGAAUAUACAGUUGGCCCUUAACAUACGCGGGGGUUAGGUAACAGAGAUACCUGUGAAUGUUAA